GUGACCCCCGGUGACCCCCCAGGUGCGGUCAGUGGUGGAGGAGGGGCUGCGGGAGGCCAUGAACCGCUACGGCCAGGACGCGGUGCUGACCAGCUCCAUGGACGAAUUCCAGCACAGGCUCUCCUGCUGCGGGGUCAACAACUUCACGGACUGGGAGCGGGUGGGCAACGGCACCGUGCCCCCCUCGUGCUGCCGGACCCCUGCCCCCGACUGCAGCGCCCGGCCCGGCCCCGACACCGUGUUCGACAGGGGCUGCCUGCAGAGCCUCGAGGAUUGGGUGAGGAAGCACGUGCUGGUGGUGGCG